AUGGAGAACGAUUGUAUUGUCAGAUGGAUCUUCAUGAUGCCAUUCAUCUGGGGAAUUACGCAUCUAUUUGUACUUUUCUAUUCUACCCUUUCCUGUCCCUAUAUACAGGUAUUCUUCUCGUCCGAUGAACUGGUGAUGCUCGCUGAUUCGAUUCCGGGAUCAAACCCUCACGGAGAUCAAACGCGACUUGAGUUCGUUGGCGGGGCCCGUGGAGGCCUUACGAUGAAUGAUGCGGCGAACCCACCACGAAAGUCGACACGAAUUGACCUUCGAAAGACGCCGUGCCUUUCAGCCGGAAAUGCUCUUGGCGUGCGAUCGACAAUCUCUAGACCGUCUGAGCCAAUGGACUUUUCGCCGUACGCUGUCGCCAUUCAACCCGAGAUCUUAGGAUCUGCGACGUGCUUCGGACGACGGCAGGCUGUUUGGCCCGGGCGUCGCGUUUCAUAUGUGUCCCAUAUUCGCACCUCACGAACGAAAUUGUUAAGAAUAAAUGCACAUCUUAUGCUGAAAAUGCCGCUUCUAUGGCUCGGAACGUCCGAACUGCGAGCAGGGUAA